GACGAGGAGUGCGCGUCCCAGCGAAGUCGGUGGUAUGUUUGUAGAACUUUUGAUGACGAUGGAGGUGGUUCGACGGGUGACCAAAGGUCCCAAUCUGGAUGCUUGAUUGACUCCUCGGCGGAUGAGAUUCAAGGAGAUCGAUUCGUGUUUCUGCAAGGCAUGGACCUCUCCCUCGACCAGACGCACCUCAUUCUCAGCUUGACUUCGUCAGCACAGGCCGAGCGCGAAGGGUAUAGCGCGCUGGCGCUUCUGCGCACAAGCUACCCAACUGGGCAGGGUGUGGAGAAAUACCCCGUGCGGGGAUUUGUUGGCAGCCUGGCAUUAGCUCGGAGAAAGGACACGCUGUACCUGGCGGUGACUGUUGGUGCAAACGAUAGCGGACUCCGGUAUGUCGGCGUUGGGGAGUGGGGGGCACCCACAAUGGGCCGCCGUGACUCUGAAAUCAGUCCGAAUCCCGUCGAAGUGAACGAAUGGAGUGCAGGGAUGACACUCAGUCCGAGAAGUUUCCCGUAUGGAAAUACGGGCAUGUACGUGGUAGACAAAAAGCGUAGUUCGCUGACGGCCUUUCUGCUGAUGAACGACUUGACGAAUGGAAGUAUCGCAGGGAAUGCGACCAGCACAGGCUUGCGCGAUAUGGCAUUCAUGAGUGAUAGGUGCAGCAUCUUCAUUUGCGGCAGUAAUGACGGGACAGGGUAUAUCCGUUGGAUAUAUAACAAAUCUCCUCAAUUAAGUUUCGAGAGCAACGAGACGCUGGCGGUCUACAACAGCGCAGAGGGUAUUGCGGGACUUGCCCUCCGCGAAAACGACUCGCAUGUCAUUUUGUAUGUUGGGACUAGGGAUGGUGACCUGAUCGCGGUGCCCAUUAACAAGUCGGCACUUACUUGCCCCUCACAGACAUCUGAUGGAUCGCCGCCGGCCAAUUCCCCAUCAAGCCUCUCAUCACCAUCACCUGCCUCUCAUUCUCCCCGUCAGGCGGACGGUGGUCCAACACCGGCAGUGCACUCCGUCUCGCCAUCUCCGCCGACGCAGACAAGCCUUGAUAAAAGUCCGAGCCGGAGUGCAAGGAGCCGGCAGAUCGGCCUGGCAGCUGCUGCCGUUGUCUUGAUUGCAGCCACGGUUGCCUUUGUGUGUUUCGUGUCUCGUCGGCGGCGUUCCUCCUCCUCCGCAGGCCGAAAGGCUAUGCAGGCGAGAAACCUCUCUUCCUCUGUGGGCAGUGCGGGGCAGCCUGUCAAUGACAUGACGUCUCCCGAUCCCGACGUAGAGCGCGAGCAGGUGGAAUAUUCCUCGGGGCUGCAGUCGUCCCGGAUCCCGGUCGCCCUGCCGCUGUCGCCGCCGCCAUCGCCGUCUUGCAAGCUCUUCUCGCUUGCGAGCCUCUCGGCAUGCACGGACAAUUUCGCAGACAGCCACAGAAUACCGAUAGCCGCGACCUGCGGAACGUUCGGCGAAGUUUAUCGAGGGUCAAUAGGGGGUACGGAGGUGGCCAUCAAGCUGAGGAGGGGUCGAUUGACGGAGAACCUUCGCCGACAGUUCCUUUGGGAAGUGUCCACGUGGAGCAGGCUGCAGCACGACCACCUCCUCCCUCUCAUCGGGUACUGCCAGGAGGACGAUUACUGCGUUCUAGUCUAUCCCUACUUCAGCGGCGGCAAUCUCCAUUCCCGUCUUCAUGAUAGGAUGAGACUAGGAGUAGGGGUAGGGGCGGCAGGUGUGGGAGGAAACUCCCUCUCUUCUCCCCCCCCCCCUCCUCCUCUUCCUCCCAGUUUGACAUUGAUUCAGCGAUUGCAGAUCGGAUUUCAAAUCGCCAAGGCUGUGCACUAUCUCCACGAACGCGCAGGACAGCCAAUCAUUCAUCGAUCAAUCAAGAGCAGCAACGUGCUGUUGAGUAAUCAACCUGGAGGUCAAGUAAGAGGAGGAGGAGGAGGAGGAGGAGGAGGAGGAGGGGAGGUGAGCGCCGUUCUUGCAGAUUGUGAAUGGGCAACGAUGUGUGAGAAAGUCUUCGAAGUGACGCAUGAUGAGUUCGUGAAGGCGGCGACAGCUUCUGGAACUUUCGGGUAUAUUUCACCUGAAUACUUGCUCGCCUCUCAGCUGUCGGAGAAGAAUGACGUGUACGCUGUAGGGGUCAUCCUGUUCGAGAUGUUGACGGGGAGAAAGGCCGUCAUGCUCGCUCCCUCGGGGAUUGGCUGCAUGACGCUGGCUGAUUGGGCCAACCCUUUUCUACGGGAUCGAAAGCCGUCUCCAACGCCCAAAGGGAAUCGUCCACCUCCUCUUCUUGCUCCCCCGCCUGCUAAUCUUCCCCCUGCGGCUCCUCCUGCUGGGGCGGGGGGACCACAGCAGCGCGCCAAUCUUCCUCAAUCCCUCCUAGAUACUUCGCUGAAGGAACAGGCAACCAUGCCUUUGAUGAAGAAGAUGGCGAUGAAAGCGCUUCAGCUUGCAAGCAAAUGCACCGACGAUGAAGAGAAGAGAAGACCUUCCAUCGGUUAUGUAGUCGAUGAAUUCCGCCGGAUCCUUGUCUUAGGGGAAUCGGAUUCGCGAAGCCGAUUCCUGGUUAGUAGGUGAUGAUGAUGAUGAUGAUGAUGAUGAGGAUGAUGAGGAUGAUGAGGAUGAUGAGGAUGAUGAGGAUGAGGAUUAAAGGAGCGUAAUUAGAUGAUUAGCGUGGUGAUAGCACUCUAAUAAGAUGAUCAGCAUGAUGAUAGGAAUCUUAAUUAGAUGGUCAUGAUGAUGAUAGGAAUCUUUGAUCGUGAUGAUGAUAGGAAUCUUAAUUAGAUGAUCGUGAUGAUGAUAGGAAUCUUAACUAGAUGAUGGUGAUGAUGAUAGGAAUCUGAUUAGAUGAUGGUGAUGAUGGUCGGGUCCUAAUCAGAUGAUGAUGGUCAUGAUUAUUGGAAUCUGAUUAGAUGACGGUGAUGAUGAUCGGGUCCUAAUCAGAUGAUGAUGGUCAUGAUUAUUGGAAUCUGAUUAGAUGAUGGUGAUGCUGAUCGGGUCCUAAUCAGAUGAUGAUGGCCAUGAUUAUUGGAAUCUGAUUAGAUGAUGGUGAUGGUGAUGAUGGUGAUGAUGAUGAUGAUGAUGAUGAUGAUGAUGAUGAUGAUCGUUAUCUGACUAAAUGACGAUGAUGAUGAUGAUGAUGGGAGUAAUGAGAUGAUGAGGAGGAGGAUGAUGUGUAGGAUGAUGAUUACUAUGUUGGGCGCGAUGAGGAUGAUGACGUGUACGAUGGCGAUAAUGAUUACGAACGUUGGCGAUGAUCACGAUUCAGUACUAGUAAUAUAUUAAUUACAAAUUUGGCGGGAAAGUGUUGGCGGGAAAGGGAUCUGGGCGAAGUAGGAGUUGGAAUUUGGCGGCGGGGCGUGUGUAAAUAGAAGGUCGGGAGUGUUGGAAUUCCCGCCAAAACUGGAAUUUGGCGGGAAAAAAGUGAUGUGGACGUGUCGUUGUAACCUAUUCAUUAGUUGAUCGAAACCGACCGGCGGGGAUAUCAUCGGCGGAACAGAACCGAUUCAGAAACAGUUUUGAAACGGAACAGA